AUGCAGUCUCGCGCUGUGGGAGGUCAUCGCAAGUCGUUUUCCUUUGAUGAUUUGGCCUUGCUGGUAGGCAAGGCGUCUCGUCACAAUUCGCUGGGGCUGUUCUUAUUGGCUGACCUGAAAACUGGGCUUGUACUGCAGGACGAUGCCUUGGAAUAUGGUGCCGCCCGUGCACCAGGGGAAGAUGCAGCACGACGGCGCUUUGCCGCGCACCGCCUGUCUUCGUCUUUGCAAAGCCUGCCUGAAGUCGUCGAAGCCGAGGAUGGGCAACCCGUGGCAGAGUCUGGGUACAAGAGCUUCUUUAAUGCCGACGUCCUUGCCGCCAGCCAACCCACUGACAGUUCAGAUCACUCAGGGCUGGGUCUUGAUGGACCGUCCUCUGGGACUGUAGCAGAUCUGAUGCGCGCUGCUCGCGAUCAGCUUGAGCAAGCCAAACGCUUGCCUGAACCUGCUCGCACUCAGACCCUCCAUGUCAGCAAAAACCCCUCGUGCUUGGCUCGUGUGGCACCCCAUCCUUGGCUUCGCAGUCCAUGCCUGUUUCUCCGUUUACUUGUCUCACACGCUUUUGGUGCUGCAAACUGUCAAGGCUUUGAUUAA